AGCUCUGAGCGGCGCUGGUCGGAGAGUGAAGCUCGAUCUCUUUGCGGAACCCUCUGGAGAUUUGAUUGGCACCUCUAGACAUGAUGAAGUUGGAGGGGAUCUUGAUCAGAAUCAUCGUGCUGGGGUUCCCAAUUCACCAUCUUCUCCAGGUGGGUUCCGUCAGAUUUUCUUCAAAAGAAUAUAUAGAGAAGAUAUGCCUGCAAAGCAUAUGUUUGGUGGAAAUUUGGAAAUAUUAUACAAGACAUGUUGUUUGCCCCAAGAAUCUGGUUUUGAGACUGUAGGGUGGCUGAGGUCCUGGGAACAUUAAAUGGUCAGGUUGGAUCGGGCUGCCACAGUGAAAAUUGAAUGACUCCCUACCUGUCAUGAUAUUUUUGGCAGCAUCUAAGCGUUCUGGGGAUCACAGGAGGAAAAUGUUGCCUUCUCGGUUCGUCAACGGCAGGAGAAUCCUUUGCUGUUACUUGGACAGUACAGCGAUGAUGAACUGGAUGAGGAUGAAAAUAAGAUAUUUAAGCAAGAUGUCAUUCAGAGUUCUUCGAUCAACUGCAAUGAACAGGUAGAGGAGCUUGUAGAAGCAGAUGGAGACAAAGAUAGUUAUGGAGGCAAAGAUUUUGCUGCUUCUGGGGUUAAACAAGAGACCAUGCCUGGGAAUUUAGAUCCAAUGGAUGCUGCCAAGAACUUGGAGGACGCUCAUAUUGGAGAAAGUGAUGUUACUGCUCCAACUAAUCAAUACAAUGAAGUUGACUCAGUGGCACAAGAAUGUGUUCCGGGGACUUCUGGAAUGCAAAUUGUUGGGGAUAUGACUAAUGAGUGGAAGAUGGUAAUGGACGAACAGACUAAUCAAUACUAUUACUGGAAUACCAUGACGGGGGAGACUUCGUGGGAGGUGCCUGAUGUUUUGGUUCAAGGAAUGGACACAACCACAGAGCAGAAAGUUUCUCUGGUUGUCGGAGAAAAUGGGAGUGCUGUGGAUGCACAUGUGUCUGGUUCAUACUUAAAUGGGGAAACUGAGGCGCACUUAAAUGUUCUUGCUAUUGAUGGGCCAAAGAAUUCUGAUUUGAUUGUGAAUGUCAAGGAAAAAUAUGAGGUUGGGAUUGGAAUGGAAACUUGGAAUGAAGGAGUCAAAGGUGAGAAUGGUGAAGCCCCGAAUUUGGUCCCAGUUGCUGAUCAAACCGAAUCAAAUAACAACCCCAGUGUGAUCAGUUUGUCCAUGGAAGCCUCCACACUACGUGAUUCCGUUUCUACCAAUCAAUCAAGUGUUAUUCUUCCUGAGCAUGGGGGGUUGACAACGGCAGUUGAGGAGCCCCUUGUAACAAUAAGCUGCGAGGACAAGAAUAAAUCUCCUGUAGCACCCAUUGCAAACCCUGACACAGGGACCACUCAUUCUACCCGGCUUAUGAAAUAUGGCGAAAGUUUGUUACAGAGAUUGAAGGUGUUUGAAGGGCCUGGCGGCAACACUCAAGGAGUUGACUGGAGAUCAAAAUAUAUCUUGGAAGUUGAGAUCAGACUUUCUGAUUGUAAAGCGCUCUCAGCUUAUGGACCAUCUCUCCUCCCUUUUUGGUGGCACACUGAAACACAGCUUAAGCAUCUUGAAAUGGCUAUUGAUGAAGAAAUUUCUAGAUAUGCAAAACUGGAAAGGAAUGAGAUGGAGACUGUUCACAUUUCUUCCGUCGGAGUUGACGAUGCAUCUCAGCGAAAUGCCAGGACAGCUUCUGAAGUGUUUGACAAUGAUAAAGGAAUGGUAGUUUCUACUGCUGAAAAUGCUCUCAUUACCCCUGAUACCAAUAUUCUAGAAGAAGUUCCGAAAGAAGUGCUUCUCAAACCAGGUUCUGAUGAAGGUGUCAAAAUCGAGCACACCCUUACAUCUGGAUCUCCAUGCAGUGGGCCGGUAGGAGAGGCUGAGCAAGAAAAUAAUGAAAAUCCAGUUCCUGUUCGUUCUAUUCCCAAAACUGAGCUUCAUGCUGGUGAAGACAUAGACAUGGAUGUGGACAUGGAAGUUGAUGAUGAAACUCCUGCAAACGACAAUUCUGAAGAUGCAUCCAGCACCAAAUCUCAUGCUCUACCAGAGCAACCGAUUCAUCCACAUGCAUACUCACCAUCAGCAGAAUGCCUGCCCUCUGUGCCUGCUGAGGAAUUUAGUGCCCCACCUCCUCCAGAUGAGGAGAUGAUCCCUCCACCCCCACCUGACAAUGAACCCAUCCCUCCACCCCCACCUGAUGAACCCUUGUAUCCUCCACCACCACCAUAUACAGAGCUGAUGCCUCCUCUUCCUUACACAGAGCAAUAUAACAUAGCAUACACAGUUCCUACCUACGAGUACUAUGCAGCCCCCCAUACUGAGGUCACAAAUUCUAAUUACUAUGCCCACACUGAAGCAGGGCAAAUUGCCGAGCCUCAGCUACAAUCAUAUUAUGAACCAGUAGCAAACAUCUUUCCUGCAACUGUUGCACCUGUUCUCAACCCUGCAGAGCCUGUUGUAUACUAUGAUGUUCCAAAUGGAACAGUUCCUCCUGUACCUGUGAUCAGUGGCUUAGAAUCUUCUCGCUUCUACAGUGAGUCUGGGCCAGUCAGCUAUCAUGAUAACAUUGCUUCCGAUCGAGCACAAUCCGUUGGUGUUGCCCCAGAACCUGGAUAUGGUCCAUUACCAAGUCUGAAGGCUGAGUCUAAUUUUUCAACCAUUGGCAGUGCAAUUGAGAUGGCAGCUGUACAUGCUGCAUCUGUAUCAGCUGCAGCCCAAACUACAGCAACCGUUGUUGUCAAUGAAAAUGCUGUGGCCACUGCAUCGACAGCUGCCUCAACUGCGACAGCUGCUUUGACAGUUGCCACAGUCACGACAUCUGCAUCAACAGUUGCCACAAUCACGACAGCUGCUACUAAGAAUCAAGCUAAAGUUAUCCGUAGUAAGAAACGGACCAUUGCAGUGGCACCUACUCUGAGGUCUAAUAAAAAGGUCACCAGUCUAGUGGAUAAGUGGAAGGCUGCAAAGGAAGAGUUGCAUGGGGAUGAGGAAGAUGAACCUGAAAAUGCCUAUGAGAUCUUAGAGAAGAAGCGGCAAAGGGAAAUAGAGCAAUGGCGGGCACGGCAGAUUGCCAGCGGGGAGGCUCAAGAUAAUGCUAAUUUUCAGCCUUUAGGUGGUGACUGGCGUGAAAGGGUGAAGCGCAAGAGAGCUGAAUCAACCAGUGAAGCUGUUCAAACUCCUCCAGAGGCGUCCACAAAUGAAAAGCAGCAGCCUGAUUUAAUAGAACUCUCAAAGGAUCUUCCUUCGGGAUGGCAGGUCUACUGGGAUGAAUCCACAAAACAGGUGUAUUAUGGAAAUACCAUAACCUCAGAAACAACUUGGACAAAGCCCACCAGAUGAGACGGUUGCCAAUUCCUCCCUAACAAGUGUAGAAAGGACUGUUUUGUUUCCCUUUUUAAGAGCCCUGAUAAUCUUUCCGAUAAAAGGGUGCCUAACCUCACUCUGAUCGGUUUUGAUUAGGCGGUUGGCCCAAAGUAGAUGUGGACCUCACUCCCUUACCUGCACCGAUCAGACUCUGUACGUGCUUUGUUCUCAAUCGUGCUUAAGGGCAGCAUUUUGCUGGCGCAUAUAGGAAGUGUUGUAAAGGCACGCUUUUUAGUCUUCUCCUCGAGAGAAUGAGUGUAUCAUUUACAGGAAGCAAUCUCAGUUAUUUUUGCAUUC